AUGGCCACGGCCACACGCAGACGAAGCCGCGAGGCUUUUGAAAUACACCAGGAUCCCCCCCACGCCCGCACCGAAGACACCGAGAUGAUGGCCGACUCCGAGCAGCACACCGAAGAGGUCGACGAGCAAGAGGAACCCGAUGACGACGUCGAGAACGACCCCUCGGAUGACACUUCGGACGACGACGACGUUGUCGACUCGGGCGUCCAGCGUGACAUGGACCGUCUGCAAGACACCUUUCCCGGCUUCCGUCAAAAGUACCGUCUGAUCAAGCGCAUCGGCGAAGGGACCUUUUCCACCGUCUACAAGGCCGAAGACCUACAGUACGAUCGCUACGACAACGACUGGGACAUUGAAGAGAAGGACAAUCCCGCCCCGAAGUGGACGCCGCCUCCUCUGAAGCGCCAUGGAAGCCACACGUCGGCUUCUCGCGAACCUCGCCGGCGCGCCCGUUACGUUGCCAUCAAAAAGAUCUACGUCACCUCGUCUCCCACCCGCAUCCUGAACGAGCUCGAGCUGCUACACGACUUGAGGAACUGCGCUGCCGUCUGUCCCCUCAUCACCGCCUUCCGCUCCACCGACCAGGUCAUUGCCAUCCUUCCCUACUUCCGCCACGAGGACUUCCGCGACUACUUCCGCCAGAUGAAGGUCUCGGACAUGGCCAUCUACCUCCGCAGCCUCUUCACCGCCCUCAAGGCAGUCCACGAGCACAAGAUUCUGCACCGCGACAUCAAGCCCACCAACUUCCUCUACGACCCCCAGUCACGCCGCGGCGUCCUCGUCGACUUUGGUCUCGCCGAGCGCGAGGGCUCCGACGGCAAACCCUGCCUGUGCCGCGAGAGCAGAGAGAUCCGCAAGCAGAGGAUCGCCACCAGCGCGGCAUCCCAGAACGGGCCCCAGCAGGGCUAUCCCAAGACCGACACCCGCCCCUCGAGGAGGGCGAACCGUGCCGGCACUCGCGGCUUCCGCGCCCCCGAGGUGCUCUUCAAGUGCACCGAGCAGACGACAAAGAUCGACAUCUGGUCCGCCGGCGUCAUUCUCCUGACCAUCAUGAGCAAGCGCUUUCCCUUCUUCAACAGCGCCGACGACGUCGAGGCCAUGAUUGAGAUAGCCACCAUCUUUGGCGUCAAGCGCAUGAGGCAGGCCGGCCUGCUGCACGGCUGCAUGUUUGAGACUAAUAUUCCCACCGUGGGCAACGCCGGCUUCUCCCUGGGCAAAAUCAUUCUCUGGUCCACCUGUCGCACCGACGGCGGCAAGGACGGCCAGCCCGGCAUCCCCCUGACCGACGAGGAGUUACUGGCCGUCGACUUUUUGGAGCGCUGCAUGGAGCUCGAUCCCACCCGACGCAUCAGUGCCAAGGAAGCGCUGGAGCACGACUUCCUCAAGGACCCCCAACCCAGGCAGUCGGUCGAGGUUUUCGAGGAGGAUGUCGUGGAAGAAGAUGAUGAGAUGGAUUUGCUAGAGGCGGAAUGA